CUUGGCUGGGGGAAAAAAAGAGAAAAAGAAGAAGAAGAAGUAGAAGAAGAUUGGGAGGGGAACCUGGGGUUUCUUUCCUUCAGCAGCAUUUAACUGGGAGUUUAUGGAGGCUGCAGCUGUGGAAAAUGAAGAUCUCCUCUGUGGUCUUCGCUCUCCUGACUCGAGCACUGCUUGGAGAUUUGUGUUUGGCCAUUAACGUCACCAUCACCCCCUCUCCCUUCACUGUAGCCCAGGAGGGUGAAAAUAUCACGCUCUCCUGUGUCGUGUCCCAGCGGCGCCGAAACGCUGCUCUUCCUGUGGUUAAAUGGACCUUCCUGCCUGCUGGCACAGACCGGCCUGAGGACGAACUCCUCAUUGCCCGGGUCAACAUGAGGAAGGCCCGUUUCUAUGGCAACUACACUAAGAGCUUCCCGUGGCCCAAACUGAAAUUGACAGUGGUGAAGCAGGGGAAGAUCUUUGACCUUGUUAUCUUAAAUGUGUCUGAGGGGGACCGGGGGCUCUACAUGUGCCGGGUGCAGGAGUUUAAAAAGCACCAGGACCGCUGGAAGGCCUCUUCAAACUGCACCGCCGCCACUGAGCUCAGAGUGCACGUCCUACCCUCCACCAAGGCCAAAGAAAGCCUGUGGAGCUUGUUUGAAGAUGUGUACCUGUGUGCAGUGCUGAUCUGCUCAGUGGGUCUGCUGUGUAUGUGCAUGUUUACGGUGACAGUAACCUGCCAGUACAUACAGAGGAAGCAGAGGUUAAAAGACAAUUAUCACUUGGUCAAAAGCCCCCAGAACAGCUCAGGGGAGACUGUCACAAGCUUAGUCAAUAUGUCUCCUGCCCUGCCUAAAAAAGAAAGGAGGUACAGGAAGAAACGGAGCAGAGACUACCAAGAGGAGAUACCACCAGAGAUACCAGCAAAAGCUCCGAUUGGAGAGAAAACACGGAAACCCAAACUUUUAAAACCACAACCGAGGAAAGUUGUGUUGCCAAAGAUUGUGGAGGAGAAUCUGACCUACGCCGAGCUGGAUCUGGUGAGGCCAAUUCCAGAAACCAAGGCAUCAUGUAGCGGCACUGUGUAUGCUCAGAUACUGUUCGAGGAGCAGCCGCUAUGAAAGGAACAAACACACCACUAGAAACUGUGCCUUGUGUAAAAAAGUACUGUCUAUUUAUAGUCUGUGUCAUUUUGUAUUCAAAUAGUUUGUGAAUAGCAAAAUAUGUAUUGUCUUACAAUUAUGAAAGCGUAUGAUUUGAUGUUUUUUAUACCUACCUUCAAUAUGACCAAGGUGCAAAAGGAGAUAUUUUGUAUACUAGAGUAUUUCUCUUUUUUUAACCAUGCUGAAAUCCUGUGUAGCUUCAACUUGGAAUGAAAUAGGAGUCAACAGAGCUGAUCUAAACCAAGUUAGUCCGUCAGAGUAGGAGGGAGAUGUGAGAUUUGAUUAUUCAGUUAAUCUGAGCCUUCUCCUCUGAUCGAAAACAGUUUUCAUCCAAUAUUUGCAACUCAAUCUCUUUGGUUCAUGUUCAUAGCACCUAUUUAGAGUCAAGUGUACUCAUAUGUUAGGUCAGAUUUGCUACCAUCUUAUGAGAAAAAAUACUGCUUUGAGUUCCAGGUUUAGUCAAAACAAGCUGUUCUGUGCGUUAGGUAUGGAGCUUUAAGACGGAGCAGAUUAGCCAAUUUAUCAGAAACAAUGGAAGAACAAGAUAGCAUUGUUCUAGCUAGCUAGCUAGCUAAUCUGCAAACCAGCAAGGGGAAGGUAUUUUGAAACCAUAACAUGACAAAUGGCAAUUAUUAGCCAUAAAAUAAAACAUCACAUUCAUUGGCGGUUCUAGACCACUUUUACUGAAAAAAAUAGACAAAGAUGAUCAUGCAUUAACAAAAAAAAAAUAUUAUGCCAAAUAAUACCGCACAUCAUUAAAUACCACUACAUAAAAAUAUCAUGAUUUCUAUUUGUUUCAGUGACUGUAUUUAUAACCAGAUUGUGAAUCAGGAGGUUACGUCAAAUACUAUGUCUGUGUUAUAAGGGGGGCUCUUCCUUUUGGAGGGUGGGGGGCACAGGGGGACCAAGCUCAGUGUUACAGGGGCACUGGCCCCCAUCCAAAACCACCAAUGAUCACAUUAAAAUGUUGUUUUGUACGUAUUCGUACGUGAGUGGAAAAAACAAAAACAGUUAGAACAUGCAAGUAAGGACGCUUGUGGAUUUAUUUAUUUUUCAACAUUGGAGAAAACCAUUCUAGCUACCAAUUUCUCAGAUUCUUUCAGGAUAAGAUUACUGCCUCUGAGCUUUAGCUUUAAACCUGAUCUAUUUUCAGACAGUAUGUCAUUGGGAAUGGUUUUAAUUUUCUCCAAAUUUAGGGGAAAAAAGAAUUUCUGGACUGUGGCAUUUUAGUAAAUUAAAAAAAUCAAAGCCUGUUUGGAUGACGGGGGGGCAGUAAUGUGGGGCAUUCUAUGAGAUCUUUGAAGUUCCUUGAGCGACUUGAAAAACCAUUUUAGAGAAUCAGAUUUAUGAAGGCAAGACAAACUAAAUGAAAGUCUUCCGUUCUAAUGGGUGUAGAUCAUCACAAUUUCAAAGUCAGAUUUACUCCUGGCAUGUUCCCAGCAUUAUCUGCCUGACGACAUCUGCGUCCAGUUUGUUUUGAUGUGACACUUCAUAAUGACCACAACUCCACAGAGUUGAUAUUAAGGUAGCGAUUAGCCCCUCGACCUUCCCCCACAGGCAAGUAUGCGAGACCUUUCAUCUGGUGCCAACAUCAACUUAACAGGCUGUUAGCGCCACACACACACGAACACAAACAUACACGAGAGUGGAGUUACAUGUAGGGUAAACACUCUUCUAAGUUUAAACACAUAAAGGCACAUCCACUGUUGUGAGACCUACACCGUGCCCUGGGACAAACUGAAAGCUGUUUGGACCUUUUCACCUUAAUGUAAGGAUUGUGGUGAUUUCGUAGUUUAAGAUAAGAUCAGCUGAAGUCCCACAUGCUUUCUCACUUUCCAUGAGUCCCAGUGUGAAAGUGCUUAGGCUUCUUUUUCCAUUCAGUGAUCCUCUGGAUUCAGGCAUGGAAAAGCAAAGCAGAGUUUUUAUAAAACAGUGAACUUGAAACCCAGACAAAAAGGCACCGGAUCCCUCCCUUCCCACAGACUCCCAAUAUCUCAUGUGGCGUUACCAGUGAGGUCAGAUCAGUGCUGGAAGAAGCACUAAGGUCUUAAACUAAGUACUAUUACAACAUUAAACAACAACAACAACCAGAUGAUCUUCAUCACAAGUAAUAAUCUGGCAUCCUGAGUCAUAAUUAGGUAUGGUCAGUACAAGCAGAGUUGCAUUUAAAGUUAUAAUACUUGCACAAUAACAUUAUAAAACCCUGUGAGUGUUUAUUUUUUGUGUAUUUAAUUCUUAAACUAUUAGUAACUGUAACUAACGCAUCAAUGUGUAAGUAUACUUAAUGUUCAAUUGUAGUCACUCCAACUCUCUCUCCAUACUGAACUGAUUACUGGGAGAGUAAAUCCAAAGCACUGAAACUAAAAUAUCUUUUCUUAUUUUACUAUAAUCUUCAGCUUUUUAUGCCUUCAUUUGUAUUUUUUGCAUUUUUUUUUAUAGUAUCAACGAUCAAUAUUUCAUGGUCAUCUGAGACAACUUUAACUUUCACCUGAUUAGUAACUUCUCUCUUCAGAAAUAAAAGAUAAAAAAGUAGUGCUUCUUCUGGAAUUAAAUCGAGCACAUGAAAUAGGAGAAAAACAAAAUACUUCUGUAGAGUAUAAGUACAGAAAAUGUUCUUCUCAAUACUUUGAUCCUUCACACCGCUGAGAGUUAGCCUUUCAAUAGUGUAUAUUUCAAAGGUUCGCCUGUUGCAGUGUUAACUAACAUAGCUAGGCCUAUCUGUCUGCUAACAUAGAACUAGAGAGAAAAUUGAGUGACUUCAGUUAAAUUAUUUCACUCUUCUGUGAACCAUUAAACCAUUACCUAAUCUGUGGUAGGUGUAUUUAGUUAUGUAAUGAACAACAAAAAAAUAUAUAUAGACACUAUAAUGACUCCGCUAACUGCUAAUCGACAUAAAAUGCAUACAGUAGGAUCCAUGCAUAUGAUUUUGAUGAUGAGUAUGGUUUAUCUCCAGUUACAAAGUCAAAGAAGGAUUCAGUAUCUGUUUUAAAAAUGUCAAGAAAGUCUAAUUUCUUGUUUGUAGCCUGAAGCAGUUAACUUGUAGAACAACUGCUUACUUCCAAUAUGGUUGCCGGCCAAAGCACAUGUGCCACUUGAAAAAUCACAACAAAGAAAGUAGGACAGAGGUUUUUAGCUGUGUCACAUGUACAGUGUAAGACACCUUAUAUUUAGCUGGUGGUUCAUUUCAAUCUUAACCACCAUCAGCCUCCAUUUUUAGCAGUUCAAUGUUCCAUUGUUGUUCUCUGUGUCUUUCAGUUGUACAGUUGUGUGUAUUAUUCACGUAUAAAAUGCCUGACAGUGACCUUUCAGUGGCAGGCAGAAGUGUAUUUAAAAUGCCCUUAAACUGUGAAAUGUAAAGUUUCUUCCAGACCACGUUGUCCUUAAUGGGAGUCUGCUAACUCGAACCAUGUGUUUGAAUUGUGCUCACUGCUCCCUGCUCUCUCUCUCCCUCUCUCUCCCCACCACUGACCUCUGCAUUCAUCAACAUUCCAACAUUUGUUGUUCAUUUUCUUCUUUUGUACAGUUUUUUGUAUCAGUAAGUGAAAUAAAUACGAAAGUGGAUUUGA